UCGACGGAUUCCCAAAAGCUCAGGACUCCCAUGGCUUCUUCUGGCGACCAAUGGGCGUCCAAGGCCAAGAAUCCACGGGUGCUGCUGCAAUUCUCCUGCGACACUCUGCGCAUCCCCGACGAGCUCGCGGCGGAGAUCGGUGCCGGGCAGGCCCUUGUCGUCUGCCCGUCGGGGACCGGCGGCAAGGUCAAGGUCUGGCCCGUCGAGGUCGGCCGGGACGGCGGCGGCGCGUUCCUGGGCAGCGGGUGGCCGGAAUUCGCGGAGGCCUCCGGCGUCGAGGCGGGGUGGCUACUCGUCCUCCGCCACCGCGGCCGCGGCGUGCUCACCGUCAAGGCGUUCGACGCCAGCCGCUGCCUCAGGGUGCUCGGGGCUACCACUCCGCCUGAAGUUGAAGCAACUGUGAGCAGCAGAGAUGACGCCCGUAAGCAGCAGUUCAUCAGUGCUCAUCCAACAAAUUUCAUGGAGAAGAUGCUAAUACCUGCUAAGUUUGUGCAGCAGUACCUCCCCAAAGAGCACCUAAACAAUCAGUCGGCCAUCGUUUUGGGCCCUAUUGGCAAAGUUCAUAGCAUUAAGCUCGAGAUGGGUCAGUCAGAUUUGUUUUUCGCAGGUGGAUGGUCACAGUUUCUCGCAUUUCAUGACAUUACCGAAGCAAAUGCUCUGCUGUUAAGGUACGAGGGCAACAUGGUGUUUACAGUCAAAAUUUUCGGGCCUAAUGGAUGCCCAAUAGAGUCCAAGCAUAAGGAGGUCAGAGUUCCACAAAAUAUUGAAGAGCAGCAGGAAGCACCAUCUGCUUCCAUUCAGAAGUGUUGCGAGAAUGAUCUGCCAAUUAGUGAUGGAGAAAAGAAACCACAAGGCUCCAUCACUUCUUUAAAGAAGGCAUCGCCACGAGUGAAAUGUAUCUACAAGAUUGGGCCACCGGCUUGGAUAAGGAAGGAAAUGAGCACCAAAACAAUUAGAAAAUAUAUACAGCCUUUGCCAGCAGCCUUCUGCAAUGCAAUUGGUUUCCAGGAAGCUUGCACAAUUACAUUCAAGACCUCACUGAGCAGCACCAGCUCUUGGCAGGUGCAUGUUCUCCCAUACAAGGGUAGCAGUCAUCAGCUCGGAUCAGGCUGGAGGAGGUUCUGCCAGGAGAACAAGAUCAAGGAAGGUGAUGUCUGCACCUUCAACAUCAUUGAUUCCACACUCUGGCAUGUCGUCAUUGCGCGUCGAUAAGCUCCAACCAAUUAACCUGACAACAAUGUGCCAGUGUCCUUUGUUAAAAACGCUGGGAUGCUACUCUUCUUAAUAUGGUAGCACAUCACCUAAUCAUGGACUUUAGUUAAAUACACUGUGAUGCACCUCUUAAUGUGAAUUGUGCAAGUUGUCAGAACGUCAGCUACACUGUUGAGUGCUUAACUGAAUCUUUCAGGCUUGCUGGUGUCC